CAAGUGGCGGAGGAGAAGGAAAGGAGAGGGGGGAGACUGGUCGUACUGGGAAGGAAAAAAAAGUAACGAAAUUAAAUAUUAACACCGACCGUCAGCGGAAAGUGAAAGCGGUGCGAAUCGGCAGCUUUGAAGUCGCCAGUGAGGUCCAUGUAGAGCUGGUUGUCCACAGUCUAUGGUGUAAACACAUUAGUGUAGUUGUGACAUUGCGCCGUGAGCGACACAGCAGAGGGAAAGGUCUCCUCCCAGUCUGUUGACGGAUACAGUUUGGCUUCAGUGAAAGGAGACACGGCUAGACCUGACUGUACAUUACCCCGGCCAGUGUUGCAUUGCCAAGGAUGUCUUCGAAGGCUCACAGUUCCAAUAACAUCGCCCAUGCCCGGCGGACGGUGCAGCAGCUGAGAAUAGAGGCGAGCUUUGAGAGGAUAAAGGUAUCCAAGGCGUCUGCAGACCUUAUGAACUACUGCAACGAACACGCCAGAAAUGACCCUCUCCUUAUGGGCAUCCCCGCUUCAGACAAUCCCUUCAAGGACAAAAAACCCUGCACUAUAUUGUAGUGGGUGCCACUUAGCCUUUAUGUGUUUUUUUUUUUUUUUUGCUUAUUAAUGUUGCUGUAUUCUUUUUGUUGGGAGGAGUGAGCGGUGGACUGUGAUCGUAUCAUUACUAUGUGUUCACCUGUUCUGUUAACAAGUCAGCAAUUCAACCAGGAUUUUGUAAUGAGCAAAGAAAGGCCCCACUAGUGCCACUGUUCAAGUCUGAGCUCUGACCACUAACUCAAGACUUUGGCUGCAUGAGUUGCGAUGGCAUCAGGUACAUAAUAAAAAAUAAUAAACAGCAGUAAUUAUUGUCUGUAUAUUGUAAAAGCACUGGCGUUCCUCUGAUGGAUUUAGUCCUUCCUACUGUAUGUAAACAGUCUUUUCUCCAUUGGACAAUGACUGUUUCUGUCACUCUAGUUUGCCUUAAGUGGAUUCAUACAGCCAAAGUUUCCCUUCAGUCCUUUAAAAUCAUAUUAGUUUUAAGAUAAUGGCUCUUAUCUCAAUUCCCACUAGUAUUUUAUGGAUUCUGUGCAGUUCAUAUCACUGAACUCAGUGGUCAGGGUUUACAUUGAGCCUUUACUCAAAUGUUACCGUCUUGUAUCUUUGAUUGGGGACAGUAAUGUCACUAUAUCUGCUGUAAAAUUCUACAAGUAUUCUACAACCCAGCUCUGACUGGUCCACGACAAUCCACAUGCUGUUUUUAAUCCAUGGUUUUUCCAGUCUGGUAUUUGCAGUAUGAUUACCAUGAUACAGUGUUGUCUUUAGCUGAUUUACUGUGGAGAUAAAUUCCAUAUAAACAACUUUAUUCCAAGAUCAUCUAUGCUCAGAUUGAAGCCAUUGGGAUAACAAGACCCCAGUGCUGUGAUGCUUCUAUGGCGUGAAUGAAGCAAAAAUGAAAAUGCUUUAUCACAUUAAUGAAGUGUUUGUUUUUAACUGAAAGUGUCAGCUGACAUUGUGUACAGGGCAACACUGUGUAAUGAAGACCCUGGGACCAAGCCAAACCAAUGAUACUGCAUCUAAAAACACCUAAACGUGCGUCUGAAUGAGUCUAUUUGUAGCCAUUCCUUCUGAAAACUUUCUGUGGUACGAUACUUUUAGCACACUGACGACACAAAGCAUGUCAGCAAGUGUAACGCAACACUGUGAGCCACGCCUACUUGCUUUUCACAAGUGUCUUAGUCGAGCGAAUGUGCACAUUGUUGUCUUAAAGUGUUGUAGGUACAGGUGCAAAUGGUAGUGUGCAUUGAUGAUAAAACCACUCUCCCAAGACUGCUCUCAAAUUUUUCCAUGUUUUUCAAUAUAACAUUUGUGUCGGUGGGGGUCUUCAGUCUAACAUGUCCUUCAUGUUGUGAUUCUCUGGGGGAACAUAUCUGCUAUGGUAAAUGUAACAAAAAACAGAAUAGAUAGCAUAAAUUAAGAAUUUCUUACACUCUAAAGCCUUACUUAUGUUUGCCUUGCAUCAUGAAGAAUACUCUAACUGGGAGUACUUUCUUAAAAAAAAAAGAUGUUUCUAUUAAAUGUUUUUAUCUGUGGGAUGAAAGUGAUUUGUAACAAUAUUGUGCCAUCUGUUUCUGUCUACAUGUCACUAGCAAAACCUGUGAAAUCGUGUUUAAUUUACCUGGUGCUCCUCUUUUUCAGCAGUUCCGGUAUUGUUACCUUCUCCAAAGGGUACUUUCAGGUCUUCAAAUCAGCAAGAUCUGGUGUUAUUAUUCAGUUGUAUUUUUUAUGAUUGUCUCAAACAGUCAGUUUUUCUUACUUGCAAUAAAUCGUUCCUGUAUGCCUCUUAAGGAAAAGUUCAGAUUACCACUGCCAUGUCAUGAUUUCUGUCCAUUCAGCAACUCCGUAACGGCCUUAUUGUUCCAUUGAUAGAUUAAUUUAACUGUCAAAAUCUGCAUUUUGAUAAAUGUCUUUAUUAAUAUACCAACCUUUGUAUGAAGACUUAACUAAGAUUAAUAAAGUGAAGCAUUCCUACAGUACAGAACUGUACUAAUAUCUCAAUAAAGAUGUGUUGUGCUGCACAAUCGGAAGAUUUGAACUUGUGAUGA